CUACUCGCUACUCCCAACUCUCCCGAGUCACUCAAUCCGAGUUCGCAAAUUAUCAAAAUAUUCAUCUCUUCUCAGCCUCCUUUCUCUUUCUUUCUUUCUGUCUUUUUGGCCAAUUCCUUAGUGGGUUCGUUGUCUCAAGCUCUUCUUCCACCCCCAUUUGCCGUUUUAACGCCGCCAUUAUUGCCCCUUUUCAUAUCUUCUUCUUCUUCUUUGUGUUCCAUUUUGCUUCUGUUGCUCUGUUUUUCUUGGAACUGAGAAGAGAGGAGAAAGAACGGUUGUGGGGUUUCGUUUUUCUUUUGGGUUUCUUCUCUUGAAAUCGCCUUGUUUAGUUAGUCUUCUCCUCUUUUUUCUCAGUCGUUUCUCUUUCACCGGGAUUUUGGCUGCAAUUUUUCAGAAAUGAAUCUAUGUCUCUUCCAUGGUGAGACGGAUGUUUUGAUUCUUUUGAUGCUCUGACCGAUUCCUCAACUCGUUAUCUUGAAUACCCACAUCUUGAUUUUUGGUUUUCUGGACUGGGUUUCGUUUUCUUUUGUUAAUCUCUUCGAUUUCGGCUGUUGGGUUUUGAGAUUUGGUUAGGAAAUGCAGGAUGUGUUUUGAGGAUUUUGGGGGUUUUUGAUUGAAAUUUCUCUAUUGCCGUUAUGUGGGGCGUGAUUCAUGCGAGGCGUUUGCUUUGAAGUUGUUGAAUGAUGAUUUUCCUCAAGAUUCUAGGGUUUAUGCGUUCGUUUGCGGCUGAUUUCUACUGGGUUCAGUUCAAUGCUUCUUGGGAUUUUCAAGAAUUUGUGUUCUGAUAUGGUUUAUUUGCUCCUCUAGCUCUGCAAUUACCACACAUUAUCGCCAUUGGAACCAAUUUAAUCAGUCUUCGGGAGCUUUUUUCUCAAGGAUUCCAAAAGGGGGGGGAAAAAGGUAAAAUCUCUGGAAGAGAAUAAGGAUUUUUGCAACGGUUUAAAUUUAUCAUCCCCUCCUUCAAAGCUGCUUUUAGGUUUUGGCAUUACACUCUUCAACUGAGCAUAUAUUUUGAGGGAUUUCCGUUUACAAGUUAUUAAUUUCUCUUGGCCUGGGGAGGGCAUAUGAUUUAUUGUCUAUUUGAAGACCUUUAUUGCGUAUCCGUUCUCUUUGCCGUUAUCGUUUUGUGGUAUUUAACUCUCAUUUGGAUAUUGUUCUCUUCUCUGGUUGAGCUGAAACUGAAAUCUACUUGCAUUGCUGUGAGUUGUGAGAGUUCAAAGCAUCCAUGGGGCUUCCUAGAAGUCUCGUGAUGCUGAUUGUUCAAAUGUGCUUCUUGUUUUUGGCUGAUCUGGUUAUGGUUCGAUCAGCUGAUACCGGUUCUUCGAUGCGUUCUUUGGAUGCUCUUCUCCAAGAAUACGCUUAUAAGGCAUUGGUUAAUCCGAAGACUGGUGUUCCUUAUGACGCUGCUGCUCCCUUGAAUUUGACGGGGGUUAGCAUUAGAGCUAUGAGGCUGAGGAGUGGCAGUUUUAGACGGUAUGGUGUUGUUUCAUUCAAGGAGUUUGAGAUCCCGACUGGCGUUAUUGUGCAGCCAUAUGUCGAGAGACUUGUUUUAGUUUAUCAGAACUUGGGGAACUGGUCCGAGGAGUAUUAUGCAUUGCCUGGUUAUACCUACUUAGCACCAGUUUUGGGUCUUCUUGCUUACAGUGCCUCCAAUCUCUCAGCAACAAAUCUCCCCGAACUCGAAAUGAGAGCAUCCGGGGACCCGAUAUAUGUUAAGUUUGACAAUGUCAAGUCCCUACCGGAUGGGACUGUUGCAAAGUGUGUUUGGUUUAAUCUUCAGGGAAAAGCCAAUUUUAGUAGUGUGGAGUCUGGAAAUACAUGUUCAACUAUCCGACAUGGGCAUUUCUCCAUUGUUGUUGAGUCUAUCGCUCCUUCCCCGACACCACCAUCGCCCCCGGGAGCUGUAAUCCCCAAUGCACCUCCACCUUCAAGGAAGAAAAACACCACUAGAGUGUGGAUCAUAGUAGGAUCUGUAUUGGGUGGAGCACUGCUAUUGGUAUUGCUCGCACUCCUCAUUCUGUGGCUUCGCAAGUUAAAGAAAAGAAACAAAAUGGAACAGAUGGAGAGGGCAGCGGAAUCGGGAGAGCCUCUACAAAUGGCGAUAGUUGGCGACACAAAAGCACCCACGGCGACUGUGACACGGACGCAGCCAACUCUUGAGACAGAAUACGUGCCUUGAGUUCUACCAACCGAUCAUUCGCCCGGUACUAAGAUAUUCCUCCUGCAUUCAAACAUAUUCAUCCUUUUUAGUAGAUCUCUCUCACAUCUCAUUUGAUAUGGUUUUCUCUCAUUUUCUUUUUCAUUUCCUGAUCGCUUUUGAUGGUAUUCUUGUGAGUAGUAGAAGUUUUUAUGAUGAUUUUUGUGUAAAUCCCGUUUAUUCCUGAUACUUGUAAUGAUGAAUGAUUCAUUGUUUGGCACAAAAAAUUGUUACUGAGAAGAGAUUUUCCUCUUCUUGUGUAUCUGAUGAAUUUGGUUUUAUGCAAUUUCGAAGGCAAUAAAGAGAUUCUCAUGAAAUGUUGUUUGUUU